AGCGAGGUAAUGAGGACGGUCGGUGGGGCUGCAUUUCCACUUGCAGUAAAAGCAAAGCAUGGAUUGACUGUGGAUUGACGCAGAAACAGAAACAUCCAAGCAGGGAAUUAAGUGGUGUGUGCAGCCGACGGAGACUUUAGUUUCCCAGCUUUUGAGAAAAAAAAAAAAAAAGUCAUUUUGUUUUUUCUUUGCUUGUUAAAGCGCUAAUAUUGUGCAAAAGACAAUAUAUGUGACAGUUACACUGCUAUAUAGAUAUAUUUUCUAUAUAAAAGUGUUAAAAUAGUCAGUGAAGAUAUGGUUUUGCUGAAAAACGUUUCCCCUCCCAGCGAAGGCGUCCGGUACCAACAGUCUGAGACCGCGGCAGUUUUGGACGGGAAAGGACUUGGCUCUGGAACACUCUACGUCGCUGAAAACCGUUUGUCCUGGUUUGAUGGAACAGGCUUGGGCUUCUCGCUGGAAUACCCUUCCAUCAGCUUGCAUGCCAUCUCCCGGGACGUGAGCGCCUAUCCACAGGAGCACUUGUAUGUGAUGGUCAAUGCUAAGCUGAGUGAGGAGGAUGGGGCGGCUGAAGAGUCUGAAAUGAAGGAGAAAGACUCUGAAGGCGAGCAAGACGAGAGCGAUGAAGACACAGAUCCCAUCACAGAGAUCCGAUUCGUACCCAGCGACAAAGCAGCACUGGAGCCGAUGUUCUCGGCGAUGUGCGAGUGUCAGGCUCUGCACCCUGACCCGGAGGAUGACGACUCGGACAAUGAUUUUGAGGGUGACGAGUACGACGUUGAGGAAGCUGAACAAGGGCAAGGUGACGUGCCUUCAUUCUGCACCUACGAGGAAGGGCUCUCGCGUCUGACCUCCGAAGGGCAGAGCACUCUGCAGCGAUUGGAGGGUAUGCUGGCUGAGUCAGUGGCUCAGCAGUACCACAUGGCAGGAGUGAGGACCGAAUCUGCAGCCGCUGACUUUGAAGAUGGAAUGGAAGUGGAUACAGGCUCAGCGGUUGCUGGGCAGUUUGAAGAUGCUGAUGUGGAACAUUGAUACGAUUUUGGCAACUAACUGAAGCACUUACUGGUCGUAAGGCUUGUGGAACGUCGGUUUUCACAGAGAUGCUAGCUUUGGAUCCAGUGCGAAUUGCGCUAUUGGUUAAUUUUUACAACUAAAUUCUGUUUUUGAAAUUUUUUUGCCAGAGCCUUAACUUGUUUAGUGCUAAUUUAGUUUUUUUUAUCUUAUUUUUUAGUUUUAGGUCAAGGAAAACCAAUAGCCAGCACUGUGUUGUGUGUGUCACUUCUUGAUGGAUAUCCUUGUCUAGAAAAAAAACCUGUUCAAUAAAACUAAUUUUUCUAUAAAAACA